AUGGGAUUCGAGCCCGAGACAUACUACCUCGGACCGAACAAGCACUGCCCCAACAACGACAUGCCCGUCCUGAUCUAUCGCGACUGUCUCCCUCUCCCACUCUCCGAAGCCAAGACGACGGAAUUCCUGGAAUCGCACGCCUGGGAGAAGAAAGGCACCUGGGGUCACAUCUCAUAUAGGCAUUUCCAUCCCAACACGCACGAGUGCUACGGGGUCUUCCAGGGCGAAUCGAGGAUCUUGGUCGGUUGCGGCACGAACGACGACACGUCGGGCGGCAAGGAGAUUGAGGUGCACGCUGGAGAUGUCAUUGUCCUCCCUGCCGGGACGGGACAUUGCUCUCUUCAAAGCAGCGCCGAUUACAGGUAUAUUGGCGUUUACCCAGAGGGAGCCCCGAAAUGGCGUAGCGAGUUGGGCAAAGACGAAGUUGGGGACGCCUUCAGACAGGAGAUCCAGGGCGUGGCUUUGCCAGCGCAAGAUCCGGUCAAUGGAUCAGAGGGACCGUUGUUGAGGUUGUGGACGAAGACAUGA